CCCAUUCUCUUUCUGCUGGCUGUUUAUCAUGCUGAUGGUUAUCCAAUGUUUAAGGAUCAGAUACCAAAUGGUAACAAAGUACCACAUCCGUGUGAUCCUAAAACAAUAUGGCCAGGUGUAGGACACAUGGCUCAGGGUGGGGGAGGCCAGCGAAAUCCAUUUGGUGUGGACUUCUACAAACAAGGAAAGACAUGGACUUCUGUACUUUGCCAAAUGGAUUCAGAUGGAGAUGGAAAGACCAAUGGACAAGAAUUAGGAGAUCCGGACUGUGAGUGGGCACCGAAUAAAAUACCCAAAUCUGUAGAUGGUCUGUCUCAUCCUGGUGUAUGUGAACCUCUUGAUGACCCGAAAUGCAAUGGAAAGAAUGAUUUUCUGCGAUGUGACAACGUUCCCAAAUUUACCUGUGACAUGGAAGAUGAUACAAUUAACCAAACAUUACAAUUUCCAAAAACCACGGUGCCAGCACGGGAAACAAAUUAUUUCUGCAUGACCUUUGACCUCCUAACAGAUGGAGAUUACCAUCUUAUUGGGUCUAAGCCUUUGGUUGACAAUGCCAAUGUUUUACAUCAUAUGAUUCUAUAUGGCUGUAAAGACACAGCGAAGGUGACAUCUACUCCCGAGAGCUGCGGCAUGGCCAAGGAAGGCUGCAAUGACAUGAUAGCGCUCUGGGCUGUAGGAUUUACCGGUGAAUGCCUUCAUAAAGAUGCUGGUUUUAGGGUCGGAAUUAAUGGAUACAAGAAAGCCAUAUUAGAGGUUCAUUGGAAUAACCCGGAGAAAAGGACAGAUUAUAUGGACGGAUCUGGCAUGUAUAUAUUCCUCACAAAGUCAAGAAGAGUCCAUGACGCGGGGAUUCUGAUGGUUGGACAGAAUUACAUUCAAAUCCCCCCACGCUCCCCUCGAGUUGUCGUGAAAGCGAACUGUUCCAGUGACGACACUUCACGAUUUAUUGUAAAUGGACCAGUCUACUUCACCCGUGCACUGAAUCAUAUGCAUUACUUAGGAAGAGAAAUGAAGUUGGAACAUUACAGGGAUGGAAAGAAAUUGCGGGACCUGUCUUCUGAAAUCGACUACAGUUAUGAUAGUCCCAAAACGUUCGAAUUUCCAACACCUGUCGAGUUCAGAGCCGGGGAUGAAGUAAUCACCACUUGUGUAUUUAACUCUAUGAACAUGAACAAAACUGUAUACAAGGGUGAUGCAACUAAUGACGAAAUGUGUUAUGGAUUUCUCACGUAUUAUCCAAAGGAAAAUCUCACCGUGACCUCCUGCACUCAGUGGCAAGACAUAAGCGAAAAUGCUCUGUAUGCUUAUGGAGAUAAAGUUAUAAUUGUAAAUGGUUGUAAUACUACAGCGUUUAAUGAUGAUAACCAUCCAGUUACGGCCUCUUUUUUGAAGGCCGUCCAUGAGAACUGUCACAUGCUCACAGGAUGUACUUCAGAAUGCCGUGCAUUUUUACCCGAAGCAAUGAAAAACCCAUGCGUGAAUGGCAGUGUGGGGGCUUAUUACCGGCAAGCAGCUGUUACGCUUAGCUGGGUCUCACGUUUUACCAUGUUUACAGCUCUUGACGCCUGUAACGCGGAAAUUGCCCGAGAGAAUUGCCAGGCUAAAUGUAUGGACACUUGUGAGGAACUGAAGAAAGCAACAUCAGAAGCCAGUAAGGCAACAAGAGCAACACUUGUUGCAUCAAUAUUAUUUACCAUCCAUUUUAGUUUAUAAGAAAGGAAAAGUUUAAUCACAGAACUAAGGUCGAUGACUACAAACAACGCAGCAUUAUUCAAUAAAGUUGAUAUCAAGAAUAUUUUUGAAAAAUGUGUUCAAUAGUAAAGCUUGGAUAUUUGUUUAGUUUGCGUUUUUAAAAACAUGUACUACAUAAACGUUUAGAAACUUAAAUAGCAAAGUCGGUAAAUAAUUGUAAUCUAUCCUUAAUAUUCAG